AAGUGAGAGAGGAGAGGAAGUUAAUUUGCUUUUGCUUUCACUUUUUAAAUCGGCAGCUGACUCACUUACACACAAACACACACACACACUACCCCCCAAAAAAAACACAAAAACACACACACGCACGAGCUAAAAGGUUAGAAAGACCCUCUAAACCUUCUACAUGGCUUACACAUACCCCGAAACACGCCGAGACGAGAGCAAGGUGGAUGACUAUAAUGGGGUCAAGAUCCCUGAUCCAUACUGGUGGCUGGAGGAUCCCGACAGUGACGAGACCAAGGCAUUUGUAGAGGAGCAGAAUAAACUGACUAUGCCGUUCCUGGAUAAGUGUGAGGUCCGAGAGCAGUUUCAUAAACGACUCACUGAACUGUACAACUACCCCAAAUACAGCUGCCCCUAUAAGAGAGGGAAGAGGUAUUUUUACUUUCAUAAUAAAGGACUGCAGAAUCAGGAUGUUCUGUACGUACAGGACUCUUUGGACAGCCCGUCUACCGUCUUCUUCGAUCCUAACACACUGUCUGAGGAUGGAACUGUGGCUCUUAAGAUGGGCCGUCUGUCAGAGGAGUGUGAGUAUUUUGCGUACGGUCUAAGCAGCGCAGGUUCUGAUUGGGUGACGGUGCGGUUCCUGAAAGCUGAUGAUGUCACUGAGCUUCCUGAUGUUCUUGAGAGAGUGAAGUUUAGCUGCCUCGCCUGGACCCAUGAUGCCAAGGGCAUUUUCUACAACUGUUACCCUCUGCAGCACGGCAAGGCAGACGGUACGGAGACAACCACCAACCUGAACCAGAAACUCUUCUACCAUGUGAUCGGAACAAACCAAUCAGAAGACGUAUUGGUGGCCGAGUUUCCGGAGCAUCCGAAAUGGCAAAGCCAUGUCACUAUAUCAGAUGAUGGACGUUAUGUUGUGUUGUCCAUAAGUGAAGGGUGUGAGCCUGUAAACCAGUUGUGGUACUGCGACUUACACCAGCUUCCCAACGGCAUCACAGGUUUGUUGCCGUGGGUAAAGCUUGUGGAAACGUUUGAGGCGCAGUACUCCUACGUGACCAAUGAGGGCAGUGUGUUCACCUUCCGCACCAACCUGGACGCUCCACGCUACUGUGUCAUCAACAUCGAUCUGCAGAAACCCGAGAGGGAGAACUGGAGCACUCUCAUACCUCAACACCCCAAAGAUGUCCUGGGUUUUGUGGAAUGCGUGAAUCAGAGGUUCCUGUUGAUAAAUUACGUACAUGACGUGAAGGACACGCUGCACCUGUACGAGCUCUCGACAGGAUGCUGGAUUCGCGAGCUGCCGCUUGACGUGGGCACUGUGGCGGGGCUCAGCUGCAAGAAGAAACACACCGAUAUCUUCUACAAGUUCACCUCCUUCACCACGCCUGGAAUAAUCUACCACUAUGAUCUGAGUAAACCAGACGCAGAGCCAACAGUGUUCAGACAGGUGGAGGUGAAGGGCGUGCAGUUCUCCGAUUAUCAGACCAGCCAGGUCUUCUAUGAUAGUAAAGAUGGCACAAAGAUCCCGAUGUUCCUGGUUCAUGCUCGUGGUUUACAGAAGGACGGCUCACACCCUGUAUUUUUGUAUGGAUAUGGAGGCUUCGAGAACGCCAUUCAACCUUACUACAAUACAGCGAACCUGCUCUUCGUCAGACACCUGGGUGGGAUUCUCGCCGUGGCCAACAUCCGAGGAGGAGGAGAAUACGGUCAGACAUGGCACAAAGCGGGAACCUUGGCCAAUAAGCAGAACUGUUUCGAUGACUUUCAGUGCGCAGCCGAGUUUCUGAUCCAGCAGGGCUUCACUACACCGAGCCGCAUCGCCAUCAACGGAGCCUCGAACGGAGGACUGCUCGUGGCUGCUUGUGUGAACCAGCGGCCGGAUCUGUUCGGCUGUGCCGUGGCCGAGGUCGGAGUCAUGGACAUGCUUAAGUUUCACAAGUUCACCAUCGGCCAUGCCUGGACCACUGACUACGGCUGUGCGGACGACCCCGAGCAGUUCAAAUGGCUCAUCAAGUACUCCCCCCUCCAUAACCUCCCAGCCCCGGGUUCUGAGGGUCCCCCCUUCCCCGCCAUUCUGCUGCUGACGGCGGAUCACGAUGACCGUGUGGUUCCUCUGCACACGCUGAAGUACGCUGCGACACUGCAGCACGCCGUGGGCCAACGAGCCAAUCAGAAACAACCGCUCCUGCUCCGAGUCGACACGCGCACCGGACAUGGAGCCGGAAAACCCACGGCCAAGGCCAUCCUGGAGGACACACACAUCUUCUCCUUUAUAGCUCAGACACUUGGCCUCCACUGGAGAGAGUGAGAGUGAGAGAGAGAGAGAGAGAGAGAGAGAGAGAAGAUGAAGAGGGGAUGAGGGAAAUAUCACAAUACUGUAGACUGAAUUAUAGAUUUGAAUGAAACAGAAACAGGACACCAGACUGGAUUUCUUACCUGUAUGGGUUGCCAGGUUUAUCUCAAUUACUCUCAUUAGGGAUAUUCGUAAAUCAGAGCAGGGGAUUUAGUAGUAAAAGGACAGGUUGAUUAUUUUUGUACACAAAUUUCUCUCACCUGUCUUUACUUCAUUACAUUCAUAAAUGUGAUUAAUUUUCCAUCUCUGGUUGAAUCCCAAAUGCAGUUCCAUCGUGUAUUUUGUGUCCUACGUCAGUACUGUACUGUGUAGUCAGCACAGGAAGUAAACAAAAUUUGUGAUUGUUACUCUAACAUUCACAUAUAGAUAAGUGUGUUUUUUAACAAUAAAAUCAGGAAUCAAGAAUUAAAUAAAAGUUUUUUUGUUUUUCA